GGUUGGCGUUAUUUAAAACUGAAAACCGUUCGCUGUGCUUUGCAGAGUGUCGACGACGCGCGGUCGAAGAAAGUUCGCUACAUUUGUUUUUGAAUAAAAAAGUGCUUUUUUCCAUAGCGAUUCAACAUGAGGGAAAUUGUUCACCUACAAGCUGGUCAAUGUGGAAACCAAAUCGGUGCCAAAUUUUGGGAGGUGAUUAGUGAUGAGCACGGAAUCGACCCGACAGGAACUUACCAUGGAGACAGUGAUCUGCAGUUGGAGCGGAUUAAUGUGUACUACAAUGAAGCCACUGGUGGAAAGUAUGUACCUCGUGCUGUUCUUGUCGACCUGGAGCCUGGAACCAUGGAUUCGGUGAGAUCUGGACCUUUUGGACAGGUCUUCCGACCAGAUAACUUUGUCUUUGGUCAGAGUGGUGCCGGAAACAACUGGGCCAAGGGUCACUACACAGAAGGUGCUGAGCUUGUAGACUCAGUUCUUGAUGUGGUCCGUAAGGAGGCGGAAAGCUGCGACUGCCUGCAAGGCUUCCAGCUCACCCACUCCCUUGGAGGAGGCACCGGGUCAGGCAUGGGCACGCUCCUCAUCAGCAAAAUCCGUGAGGAGUAUCCAGACCGCAUCAUGAACACCUUCAGCGUGGUGCCCUCACCCAAAGUCUCAGACACUGUUGUAGAGCCUUACAACGCCACACUGUCCGUCCAUCAACUGGUGGAGAACACCGAUGAAACCUAUUGCAUCGACAACGAGGCGCUGUAUGACAUUUGCUUCCGUACGCUCAAACUCACUACGCCCACCUACGGUGACCUCAACCACCUUGUGUCCGCCACAAUGAGCGGGGUCACGACCUGCCUGCGCUUUCCCGGCCAACUCAAUGCUGACCUCCGUAAACUGGCCGUCAAUAUGGUGCCUUUCCCCCGUCUGCAUUUCUUCAUGCCAGGCUUUGCCCCCCUCACCAGCAGGGGGAGUCAGCAAUACCGGGCUCUUACGGUUCCUGAGCUCACACAGCAGAUGUUCGAUGCCAAAAACAUGAUGGCUGCAUGUGACCCCCGCCAUGGUCGUUAUCUCACCGUGGCCGCCGUUUUCCGAGGCCGCAUGUCUAUGAAGGAAGUGGAUGAGCAGAUGCUGAAUGUCCAGAACAAGAACAGCAGCUAUUUCGUGGAGUGGAUCCCCAACAAUGUCAAGACCGCCGUGUGCGACAUCCCGCCUCGCGGUCUCAAAAUGGCAGCCACUUUCAUCGGCAACAGCACCGCCAUCCAGGAGCUGUUCAAGCGCAUCUCUGAGCAGUUCACCGCCAUGUUCAGGCGCAAGGCCUUCCUGCAUUGGUACACAGGUGAGGGGAUGGAUGAGAUGGAGUUCACGGAGGCCGAGAGCAACAUGAAUGACUUGGUGUCAGAGUACCAGCAGUACCAAGAUGCCACUGCAGAAGAGGAGGGAGAGUUUGAGGAAGAGGGAGAGGAGGAGCUUGCAUAAAGAGUUGACCAUUCAAGUUCUUGUUCACUGUUGUUCCGUUUCCUUAUUCAUUAGUUUGUCUUUUUGUUCUGAUCUCUUUUCUUCCCAAGCAGUUUCACAAGCAACUCAAUGUUUCUGCAAUGUCUAAUAAAUCUCUGAAUUUGAUAGCAGUCUACUGGGGUGUGUUGUCUAUCAGAUGUGUUAAAGUGAAUUGUAGAUGAAGCUCUGUUCAAUUUUGCUUUACUAAUGUUGUAUUGGUUACCAUUCAUUUAUUGUAUAACACUACAGAAUAUAGAAAAAUAAAAUGUCAAGUUAGGAGUAA